AUGGCACCUAAGUUAGUAACCCAAAGACAAGUUAAGUUUAUUGAUUUCACUGAAGAAAUCAGAAAAAGUUUCGCAGCCAAGCAGUCCCCCAAAAAACCACGCACAAAGCUAGACUCCUGGCAGAUCGCAACUCUGGAGAAGGCUUUUGAUGAUGACUCGCACCCGUCAAUGAAAGCAAAAAAAAGGCUUUCCUCUACCUUGGGAUUGCAAAUAAAAAGCAUACAAAUAUGGUUUCAAAACAAAAGGGCAAAAGAAAAGUCAAAAAGAGAACAGGAAGAAACCGACAGCGAAAGCAGCGGAAAUGCCGCCAGCGAAGAGGCGGGGGUGCCGGCACGGGGCGGAGCCACAUGGCAGGGCCCGGGAGAAGGCAGCAGCAUGCACGCUCUGGGCACAAAUGCGCUUGGCCACAGCGAGUCCUUCGCGAAGACUGAUGCGAUGUUUUCGUCUGCUGACAUAAACUGCCUGAAAAUGUCGUACGACGACUGCUACAGCAGCAUUUCCUCCCUGUUUGACAUAGGCACAAGCAGCUUCUCAGAGUACGACUCUUUCCUUAGCUCCUUUGGCUCUCCCAUUGUGUGCAUGCCAAGCGACAGGAGCGAGAGCGACAUCUCAAUAGACAGAUCAUCCAGCAUGCUUAACACAUUUUAG